AUGACUCUCUGUCAAUCCCUAGAUACAUACCCCCAUACAAAACCCUCAAAAAUCCGAGAACAACUCAAGAAGGUCCUAGUUCUCGGUACAGCCUAUGGUCAAGAUUCACGGUUUUCCAUCGAUAUGGCAUAUGGUCUUCGUCGUGCUGGGAAAAGACUAAAAACUCUCACAAAGAUGCAUCUCUGGUCACGAAGUCCAGACAGGUCAAAUCCUGACUCCAGGAAACGCUGUUACCUCCUCGAAUUGCCCACUGAGCUACUGUUGGAGAUCAUUUCUCAUCUACCAGUGCUGGCAGAAGCCUCUCUGGCAUUGACGUCUAAACGUCUGUUUGCAAUAUCCGGUGCAAUCCUGGACUCCAAGUCACUGCAUUUCAAUCGGGAUUUCGCACCACUUUUCCAUCAUUACCGAAAUGGGCACAACUUCGUUACUAGUCGGUGGCAAUUCAUUAAAGUGUUAGAAAACAACACAUGGCGAGCUUGCUCGAAAUGCUUGAAGCUACAUCCACGAACUUUGUUCUCCGCACGAGAACUCAAACGAAAACCCGAGGAACGAACUUGUGAACUAGGAAAUCUCGCAGGCAUAGUUGAUCUGUGUCCAUGCAAGAAGCUAACAUUUCGAGAUAAAAUGGACCUCGUCGAACUCCUGCUGAUGCGACAGAAAUCGAUAACAGCCUUGACUGCACAGUUUGGGACGGGUAUCCAGGAACGUUUCUGCUGGCAUACCUGCACCGAAAAUUAUGGCUCUACAGAAUUGAAGAUUGAAUUGUUUCCAGAGCUAGACGAGAAUGGCCAGUUGAAGAUAAAAACGGAGUAUCAGCUAUCGACGGGGUCAGGGCAGCUAGGGAAGGAAGAGUAUAUCACACCUCGCUUUGGAUGCGCACACCGAUCCGUUGAUCUCUGGCUCUCCAGCGUUUGUCAAACCACUAUUUGCCGACUGUAUGACAGUUUCUGCGCCUCCUGCCAGCGAAUAUCCGUUUGCAACUCCUGUAAUUCUUCGUUGAAAUGCCCUCGCAAACAACCUUGUCAUGUUGACGAGAACUCCGGAAAAGCCACAUAUUUCUUUUGGACUGAGAGAUGUCUUGGGGGGACAUCCCCUGUUCCGGACCAAGCAUGGGCCCUGCAGAGAAUUCAUCCGGCAGAGAAUACGAUCGAUGUGGACAACUGCAGCGAGUUAUGUCCUUGGACCAUCCGCGAACAUCCUCUCAACGAUCCCCCGUCUCUCGAAAUGAACAUUCUAGAGCCUGGUAUGCAGAGCCAGUCAAUGGAUCAAUUAUAUACAUCGAUUAAUAUGAUCUGA